CUAGGCAUCGAUUUCAUCUUCAUCUUGGAUCCCGCAGCCCCCGUUUACCCCUGAAUCACGUGAUACAAUCAACAAACAUGUCAAAUAAAACUAAUGUCCUCCUUGUGGGUAGCGGUGGGGUUGGCACAUUGGCGGCGUACAACCUCGAAAUCGGCGGUUUAGCAUCAGUGACUUCGGUGUUGAGAUCAAAUCAUGAUGCUGUGUCACAGAACGGUUUUACCAUUACCUCACUUGAUCAUGGCUAUGUGAAAGGAUGGAAGCCCUCCACCAUUCGCAACUCAGUGCCAGAUGUGGGUAAGGAAUGUCUCAGGCCAUUCGAUUUUAUCGUCGUCACUACCAAGAAUAUUGCCGAUGUCUCUCCCACGGUUACAGAGACUAUUGCACCAGCAGUAACAGCAGGACACACUACCAUCGUGCUUCUUCAGAAUGGCUUGAAUAUUGAGAAACCGCUUCUUGUUGCAUUCCCGAUGAAUCCAGUCCUUUCAGGUGUUUCGCUCAUCGGAGCAACCGAGACAUCACCAGGAGUGAUCUUGCACGACGACCGAGACCGCCUCAUCAUCGGCGCCUUCACGAAUCCUAACCUCCCACUUUCCACUUCCAUCACAUCAGCACAAAUGUUCGUCCAGCUUUACUCGGCAUCAGAGAAAGUUUCCUGCACAUACAACGAGAACGUCGGCUUCGUCCGCUGGAGGAAGCUAGUGUACAACGCAUGCUACAACUCAGCUUGCGCUAUCACACACAUGGACACUUCCAGAAUGAGGAUAUUGAAGUACCCAAUCGAUGAUGUGGUGAGACCUUUGAUGCUUGAGAUUGUAGCUAUUGCGAAAGCGGCUGGUCAUGUAUUGCCGGAGAGUAUUGUAGAGGAUAUGAUAAACUGUGAUCCGGAGGACACUUAUUUCAAGCCGAGUAUGCAGCAGGAUAUUGAGAAGGGGAAUUUUAUGGAAUUCGAGAACAUCGUCGGUGAGCCUCUGAGAGAAGCAGAGAAGCUGGCUGUCCCGGCCCCGAACUUAAAGAUGGUAUAUGGACUGUUGAAGAUUCUGCAGACGAAUAUCAAGGAGGCUAAGGGGCUUGUGAGCUUUCCGACAGGCCCGAUCCUACUAGACCAAUUCUAGGAAUGGUUUAUGGAAGUGCUGGUCCUACCUAGGUACUAGGCGACUGCCAGUUCUGCUUGAUGUAUCGAAGUUACGCAG